UGUCUUAUCUGAUUCGGUUAGCUAUGACACAGUUUCUUUUAUCGAAGCGCGUGUACACAAUAGCUACUGCGUCGUUGAAGGGCGUUAUCAGUGAACUCUUUAUACCCGAGUUUUAAAUUUGUUUUUGCAAAAGGAAUUAAGUUCUGGUAUAAAGUUUCGCAUUUUAUAUCAACGUAGACAUAAGCAAGUUGGUUCGAAGUGGAACCAACUUAGAUUGAUUACCGGAUUUAUGAGAAGAGCGUGAUUAAAUCAACCCAACAUCUGGGACAUGUCGCUCUCUCAGAGAAAAAAGCUUCUGAUCGACACUGAUGCGGGUUGUGACGACGCCCAGGCGAUUCUGAUGGCGCUCAAGAACCCGGAUGUUGACGUCAUCGGGAUCACGUGCGUGGCCGGCAAUGCUGACGCGGACCAAGUCGGACGCAACGUGUUGCGCGUGCUGCAAGUGGCAGACAGGCUCGAUAUUCCCGUUUUCCUCGGUUGUAAUGAGCCGUUGCUGGGCGACAAGAGAGUAAGAAGCGAAUAUCACGGGAAGGAUGGUUUUGGGGACGCACCGUCUGACGACUCCCCGGAUGAAAGUCUCCUCCAAUCAGAACACGCCGUUCUUGCCCUAUCUCGGUUGUCUCGACAACAUUGCAACGAACUUAGCUUAGUCUGCCUGGGACCUCUAACGAACAUUGCCGUGUGCAUCCGCAUGGAUCCCAAGUUUGGUACCCGGCUGCGACAUUGUUACAUCAUGGGAGGCAACCACGAAGGAAAAGGGAACCAGACGGUGUGUGCCGAGUUCAAUUUCUAUUACGACCCCGAUUCUGCUUACGUAGUACUAAAUCAGCUUACGUCACCAAUCACCAUGGUGACGUGGGAGACAUGCCUCAAACACUCGCUGCCAUGGGACGUUUACAAGACCUUGAGGGCUAACGACUCCGUGUGUUCCGUUUUUCUGCGAAAGAUCGAAAAGUCAUCGUUUAAUUUUUCGAUGAAACAGGGUUGGGAACGCUAUCUUCCCGCGGAUGAAAUAUUGAUGGCCGUAGUAUUGAAUACUGACGUCAUCAAAACGUGUGUAGCUGCGUACGCCAGCGUGGAGUUGAAAGGAUUUUAUACCGUUGGUCAGUUAGUUGUGGACUGGACCGGUAUGAUGAAGCGGCAAAAGAACGUGCAUAUAGUCACUGAAUGUAACCAGUCUGUGUACGAAAAGAUGUUACAGAAUAUAGUCGGUAUUUAGAAAAUAAUACCAGUUGAGGUUGUAACUUAGAAAAUUAUACCAGGUGAGGUUGUAAUGCAAGUUGGUUUGGAUACUUGGAUUUAAAAACAAACUCUUCUUUCUAAGACGCACACAUUAAAUGUGAUAUACACCGACGUCGUUUGGAAUUAAUGAAGAAAUCAACUCACAAGAGUUAAGGACUCGCCAUAAACUAAGUGGAAAACCGACACACUCUGAUAACGACAGAAAACCAUGAAAUGAAAAUAUUACUAACUCAUGGUAUCACGAGAAAUGAAUAUACAUUUUGCUGGAUGAAGAUACACAUACGAAUAUACAAAUCAUAAUGUAAAAGUUUAUGUUAAAGGUGGCCAAUUUUGUUGUUGAUAAAGUGAUGUGCUCCGCAUGGGCCUUUUAUUGUUUAUGUGUAUUGUCUAUAAUACAUGUAUACAGAUAUUUAGUUUCAGAGGGAAUAUAAUCAUGCGCAUUUUGUGUCCACAUGUUUUUUCGAAAUAAAGAUUACAGUAUGCUAAAUAAUU